AUGAAUCAGGACCUCGUGGACCCUGCAAGGUUCAGCCAAAGGAGACUUCUGGGGACGUUGUGGGCAGGUGUAGCAGUCUCAUUUUGCUUCUUACUGUUCCGCUUCUACGUUCGCCUCAAGAUAUUCCGCCGCCUUCAUAUCGAAGACCCUUUCGUUCUUGCAGCAUGGCUGAUGAAUGUCGUCAACGCUGCCAUUUGGCAGAAGACCGCAAAUGAGCUAUACUCAGUCAUUGGGGUCGAGAGCGGGCAUAUAGCCAUGCCUGCACCGGAGUAUUCCUCACAUAUCCACGUCGAACUCCACAGCCUACUUGCGUCCGAGCUACUCUAUUACACGGCUUUGUGGAGUGUCAAAUUAUCUUUCCUUUUAUUCUUCCGCAAUCUCGGCAAUUACAUACGACGACAUAUGAUACUUUGGUGUUUGGUAGAACCAAGAGGCAUAGCGGAGUGUCGUAGUGUCCACGCCGCCCACUUUGUGCCUACCUCUAUUCGACUAGGUACCGUAUUCGACACUUCAUCGGAUGGCCUUCUAAUCCUGAUGUCGACAAACCUCCUCUGGAAUGCAUUGAUAGAAGUCAGGAAGAAGCUAGCAUUGACCGGCAUUUUUUCCUUGACAAUAUUCGUCAUCAGCGUCUCGAUUACGCGAGUCGUCCUUACAACAAGCGGGCCUCGGCUCGAUCUUACCUGGCUUCUCCUAUGGAGUGGGCUGGAAAUGACAGUCGCAAUCAUCGUCGCCUGCCUGGGCUCUUUCAGAAUACUGUACACAAGUUCAGAACGCUCCAGGCGUUCCGCACGCAUCGAAAACCAAACAAACAGAGAUGCAGAAUAUCUAGGCAACGAUCCUGGAGUCCCACUCAACGCCCGAGUGCGCAACUCGACAUCUAUCAAUGCAAGCGAGUACAACCAUAAGAAGCGGCUGGAGUCAACAGAUACAUUCGAAGAGGCUAUACUUCCCAUGGACAACGUUUACGUUCAGCAUAAGUAUAGCAACUUUUCUGGACCAAGUUUGAGGUACGAAGAAACGCCAUCACCGCUAGAGACCCCAGUGGUCCGGCCUCACUGUGCUCAGCACGCAUUUGUACUGAAUUCGAAGGCUUUGAAGCGUGUACUCUAA